CCCAAGGUUAGUGAAGAAAACAAAAACAACAGCCAAACCCAUUUAGUAAAUAAGAAAAUGGGGUUGAAAAGAAAUGGAAGCAACCCAAAUUUCCCUAUUCUAUUCAAUUGCUUUUCAUCAUACGAGUGUGAUUCAAUUCAAACUUCAUUAAAAUAAUUCCUACUUUUCUGUGGUUGACCUUUCUCUUUGAUCUUUAUCUGAAAAUCCCAACAAGUUCUCUCUUUGCUUGCCUCUUGAAGACCCAUUUCUUAUUCCUUAAAUCACUCAGUUGUGCAGGAUUUAAGUGUUAACAUACAGGGAGACAUCUGUUAAACUAUGAGUGUAGAUUUAAAGAAAUCCUCUUCAAAUAGCUCCGAGAAGUCGCUAACAUGUGAAGAGCAGCAGACAAAGAUUACUGAAAUGAGAAAGUUGAUAGGACCGUUGCCUGAGAAGUUAGCAAUUUAUUGUUCUGAUGCAGCCAUCGCUAGAUAUUUAAGGGCACGAAACUGGAAUGUCAAGAAGGCAUCUAAAAUGCUGAAAGAAACCUUGAAAUGGAGAGCGGAAUACAAACCAGAAGAGAUUCGCUGGGAAGAGGUUGCUCGUGAAGCUGAGACAGGAAAGAUCUACAGAUCAAAUUAUAUAGACAAGCAUGGAAGAACCGUUCUUGUCAUGAGACCUAGUUGCCAGAACUCAAAAUCAACGAAAGGGCAGAUUAGGUAUUUGGUUUAUUGUAUGGAGAAUGCAAUUUUAAAUCUUCCAGCUUACCAGGAGCAGAUGGUCUGGUUGAUCGACUUCAAUGGCUUUAACUUGUCACAUAUAUCAGUGAAGGUGACACGGGAAACGGCACACGUUUUACAAGAACAUUAUCCAGAGCGUCUAGGUGUGGCGAUACUAUACAACCCACCCAAGUUCUUCGAACCUUUCUGGACGCUUGUGAAACCCUUUCUCGAGCCCAAGACUCAAAACAAAGUAAAAUUCGUCUACUCCGAUGAUCUCAAUACCAAGAAAAUAAUGGAGGAUCUUUUUGAUACGGAGAAAUUAGAGUCUGCAUUUGGCGGAAACGAUGACUCAGGUUUCAACAUCAAUAAGUAUGCCGAGAGGAUGAGGGAAGACGACAAGAGGAUACCUGCCUUUUGGACUAGGGGGAAUACUCAAUCCACAGCUCCACCAGAACCCAUGCCUACAUCUACCGUUGGCUUGAAUUCUAUUGAUCCAAACUCAGAUUCUAAUGCCUCUGACAAUGGCAAGGUGGAUGGUCCCCCCAGUCAUGUUUAAGAUUCAGAAAGCCUCAUUUCCAGUAAAAAUCGAAGCUCGAGUCGUGUUUUGGCUGCAGUAAUAAGGUACGAUGAUCCGACUGUAAGCUGACUCGCUGACUGUUUUAGUUAGUAAUAUGAAGUUGAGUAGAGCUCCCUCAAAUGUAUCACUGCGCCUUUUCAAACUUCUGUUGAAUGGAUUUGUCUUUCAGUUAAUUUAAUGUAUCCUUUUGAUAAGAACUUUUCUUGUUUAAUCCUUUCCAAAUUUGCUCUUUGAUCUUCAA